GGAGAUGCAUGAUUUUUGUAUUGAUCAAUCUCAACCUCACGAUUUCUCUUCUUAAUAAGGAAACGAUGAGAUGACGGGCUAGUGUUGUCAAGAGGAGAAACUUGAGAGAGGCAUGGAUAUUCUGCCGGAUGAGGAAUCUCAGUGUGUCGUUAAAGAUGUAGAGAGGGAGGGAACAACCGUGCUCCGCUCUUGCUUGAAUUGCCUCAAUAACUUAUGUGGAGUAGGAAUACUAUCAAUUCCAUAUGCACUCUCAGAAGCAGGGUGGAUUGGGCUGGCUCUCCUCUUCCUCCUGGCCAUUAUUUCUUGUUACACUGGCCUUCUUAUCCAAAGAUGCAUGGAGAAAGAUAAAAGCAUCAAAACCUAUCCAGACAUAGCCAACAGAGCCUUUGGCUAUAGAGGGAAAGUCAUAGUUUCAGUGUUUCUCUAUGUAGAGCUCUAUUUGGUAGCCAUAGAAUUCUUGAUCUUAGAAGGAGACAAUAUAGCAAAGCUGUUCCCCAAUAUGAGUUUCAAAGUUAUGGGGUGGAGAAUUGAGGGAAGUAAAGGGUUCACAAUUCUUUCUUCAUUAGUCAUACUACCUACUGUUUGGCUGAGGCGCUUGGGUUUGCUUGCUUAUGUUUCGGCCGGAGGGAUUUUGGCUUCGCUGGUUGUGGUUUGUUUGGUUUUUUGGGUGGGAGCGGUUGAUGGAGUCGGAUAUCAUUCGAAGGGAGUGGCUUUGAUUCCUAGUGGAAUUCCAACUGCUGUUAGCAUAUAUGCCUUCUGUUACUGUGGGCAUGCUGUCUUCCCUACAAUCUGUUCUUCCAUGAAAGACAGGACCAAGUUUUCAAAAGUCCUCAUCAUUUGUUUCAUUGUCUCGACCCUGAACUAUGGUGCCAUGGGGUUUCUUGGUUAUCUGAUGUACGGUGAAGAUGUGAAGUCCCAAAUCACACUAAACCUUCCUACUGAAAUACUCAGCUCCAAGAUAGCUAUUUACACCACUCUCAUUAACCCAUUCACAAAAUAUGCAUUGGUGGUGACCCCAAUUGCAGCAGCCAUUGAAGAUGCACUGCAACUUAGCAAGACUAAUAAGUUGGUACACAUACUAUUGAGAACAUCACUAUUGGUUAGCACACUUGUAGUGGCCCUUGCAAUCCCAAUAUUUGGAUAUUUAAUGGCCCUAAUAGGCUCUUCUCUAAGUUGCACUGUGUCUUUGAUACUUCCAUGCCUAUGUUAUCUCAAGUUCUUUGGGACCUCAAGGGCUGGUAGGGUGGAGACUACAUUGAUGGGUGGGGUUAUAGUUAUAGGUGCUUUGGUAGCAAUCUUGGGGACCUAUUGUUCACUAAAACAGAUUGUUAAGCAGUUAUAGAACCUCACAACUAAGAGGCCUAUGUCUUCCCACAGUUUGUAAAGGAUUUGAGGAGAUGCAAGUGUGUGUUUUAUCUGUGUCACUGAUUUGAGACUCGGCCGAGUCAACUCGUCCUCGCCCUAUGGGCAAGGCGAGUUUUAGCCGACUAUUAUGUACACUGUAAAUUUAACAUUUAUAUACUUAAGUUGUCA